GGGCGGCCAUGUUUGUAUACAUUCUAUCUCAGGGCUUCAGUUCCCGAACACACCUCCUAACUUGAGCAUCGCCGAGAGAGAGAGAGAGAUCGACGAUCAUCCACAAUGAAGAUUCCUGUCCUAUUGCUGGCGGUUUUGGUUUCUUCGGCUUCUAGUAGCCUUGAAGUCUCUACUGGUACUGCUUCUACUGCUACUCCUACUACUACUAGCUCUACUGCGACUACUACUGCGCCUACUGCUCCUACGACUGAAAGGCCGCCUACUCCUCCUCCUAUUUCAACGUCUACCGAGUCUGCAUGUCAACAGCCGUUCGAAAAGAUUGGAGGACAAUGUCUGCUGGUGGAGAACUUCAGCGUAGGGACAUACAAAGGCAUGACACAAUUCUGCGAUAUGUUCGGAGCUCGAAUUGCCAAAAUACCUGACGCUGACUCUCUGUACCACAUCGCUGACUACCUCUACAGCAACCAACUGACCACCGUUAGCUUUUGGAUUGGAGCCACUGACGAGGCAGCGGAGGGUUCCUGGACGUGGGAGGACGGAUCCAGGGUGUUGAUGGGAACGCCGUUCUGGGCAAACUAUGGAUGCUUAAACAAACAGUCUCCUGACGGGGUCGAGGAGGAAAACUGCGCAGUCUUAGACAAAGACCUUCAUUUCUACUUCAACGAUGUUCCCUGCGACAGUGACUUCGGGGUCAUCUGCGAGGUCGAGUGGUAGGCUGGAUUUUUGAUGUGAUGGAUUUUUGAUGUGAUGGAUUUUUGAUGUGAUGGACUAGUAUAUUCUUGAAGCAUGUUUUGUUCCUCAGGAAUGUUCUAUGUGAUGUACUAUUCUUGAGGAGUUAUUUGUGCUGAUCAAUUAUUCUUGGGGAAUUUUAAACCGGAUUUACUACCGAGGAAUUUUCGAAGUGAUUGACUAUUCUAGACGAUUCUUGAGGAAUUUUAAAUUAGAUGAAGUAUUUUUGAUAACCUUUCCUUGAGGAAUUUUUUCGAGUUUAUGGCUUAUUCUUGAGGGAUUUUAAAUUUGAUGGAGCAUUUUCCAUAACCUAUUUUUGAGGAAUUUUUGAUUUGAGGAACUAUUCUUGAACAAUGUUUGAUGUGACGGCGAAUUCUUUUGAGAAAUUCUUGAUGCAAUGAAUAAUUCUUGAAGAAUUUUUUGAUAUGAUGAACUAUUCUUGGAGGAUUUUCGACUUAUGGAAAGGAUUGUCAUCUUGAAUUCUUAGUUGACAAAAAAAAAAAACCUUCCAGCUUAAUUUGACAUUUUUCUCGAAUUCUAAUCAAGCUACAAAAAAUCUCUAAAUAAUUCUCAAGAAGCUAAAUUGAAAUAUUUUAUAUAAUGCUAAAAAAUGCUUUUUAACUACAUCAGGGGCUGUAGUACAACACAAUGUAAUUUUUUUUGUAAGUGUAAUAAAUUUCGCGUGUUAUU